CCUCAGACCAUGUUUAUUUUACUUUAUGCCCCCUGUCAGGUCUCCUCCAUGGGCGACAAGGGAACGAGCAAUCACUCAGAAGCCACUGACUUCAUCCUUGUCGGUUUCAAGGUGCGCCCUGAGCUCCACACCCUCCUCUUCCUGCUCUUUCUGCUUGUGUAUACCACGAUCCUUCUAGGGAACAGCGGCAUGAUGUUCAUUACCAUGUGUGAUUCCAGGCUGAACACACCAAUGUACUUCUUCCUAGGCAACCUGUCCUUCAUCGAUCUCUCCUAUUCGUCUGUCAUUGCACCAAAGGCGAUGAGCAACUUCUGGUCUGAGAGCAAGUCCAUCUCCUUUGCAGGCUGUGUGGCCCAAAUCUUUCUCUUUGCACUCUUCAUUGUGGCAGAAGGAUUCCUCCUGGCAGCCAUGGCUUAUGACCGAUUCAUUGCCAUCUGCAACCCACUCCUUUACUCUGUCCACAUGUCAACUCGCCUCUGCACUCAGCUGGUGGCAGGCUCCUAUUUUUGUGGCUGUAUCACCUCUGUUCUCCAGACCAGCAUGACAUUUACUUUAUCCUUUUGUGCUUCUCGGGCCAUUGACCACUUUUACUGUGAUAGUCGCCCACUUCAGAGACUCUCUUGUUCUGAUCUCUUCGUCCAUAAAGUCAUAUCCUUUUUUUUAGCCAGCAUCAUUAUCUUACCUACUAUCAUAGUCAUUCUUGUUUCUUACGUGUACAUUGUAUCCACUGUUCUGAAGAUUCGCUCCACAGAGGGACGAAAGAAAGCGUUCUCCACGUGCAGCUCUCACCUGGGCGUUGUGAGUGUGCUGUACGGUGCAGUCUUUUUCAUGUACCUUACCCCUAACCGAUUUCCUGAACUGAGUAAGCUGGCCUCCUUAUGCUACUCCCUGAUCACACCUAUGUUGAAUCCUUUGAUUUACUCCCUGAGAAACAAAGAUGUUAAGGAAGCUCUAAAAAAGCUUCUAGAGAAGAGAACUACAUUUCAUUGA